GCAUUUAUACAAAGUGCCCAAAGAAUCUGUUAUUGCCAAAGGAAUUUCGCUUUGCAAUAAGGGGUGUCCUGUUUCUCUCUACAUAACCCCUUCACUAUUUCUCUCUCCUCCUGUACUAUACUGCACUGCCCAUCUCAGUGCUCAGACUUUCUCGAUUCUCAUCCUUGGCGAUCGACCUCUCUUUUGUUUUGGCUACAUAGAUUUUUCUCGAACUUUGAGAUUUGCAAUGAGGAAGGGUUUGAAAAGAAAUGGCUGCAAGUCAGCAUCACACCAGCUCUUUAAGGAUAGAGCAAAGAAUCGAGUCGAUGAUCUUCAGAUGAUAUUUUCAGAUCUGCAAUCGGCAAGGAAGGACAGUCGUACAGUUGAUGCUGCAGUUCUUGAAGAGCAGGUCUAUCUAAUGUUGCGUGAAUGGAAAUCCGAACUUAAUGAGCCCUCCCCUGCGCCAUCCGUACAAAACGAUAGUCUUGGUACAUUCUCUUCGGACAUCUAUCGGCUGUUGCAUCUUUGUGAUGAAGAAGAUGAUGCUACAAGCCCAUUUGAGCUUCCUCUGCCAAAGUCUGAGCCUGACGUUCAGAAAUUCCAAGCUGUAGAUGCUAUUGGCUUCCAAGAGGGCCCUGAAGUGAAGCCUGGAUCACAGGAGCCGAAUUUCUCAUCAGUUGAUCAAUGCAAAGGAUCUCCUGGAUUUCGCAGUUUGACAACAACUAAUAUGGAAAUGGCCAACCAGCUUGAUUAUAAUCAAUUUAAUCUGCAUGUUGACCUUGAACAUCACUAUUUUGGUGGUUAUAGUGGUGUUGAUGUUGGUGCUCUGUACGCACACCCCAUUUCAGGAUUUCUGCCCAAUGUAUGCCCACCACCUUCGGCUUUUCUGGGACCAAAAUGUGCACUCUGGGAUUGUCCUAGGCCUGCUCAAGGAUCAGACUGGUGGCAAGAUUACUGCAGUAGUUUCCAUGCUACACUUGCAUUAAAUGAGGGCCCACCUGGAAUGACUCCGGUCCUACGUCCCGGAGGCAUCGGCCUGAAGGAUGGUUUGCUUUUUGCUGCUUUGAGCGCGAAGGUACAAGGAAAAGAUGUUGGGAUUCCAGCAUGCGAGGGGGCAGCAACUGCAAAGUCCCCUUGGAAUGCCCCUGAGCUUUUUGACCUCUUGGUUCUUGAGGGUGAAACUAUUAGGGAGUGGCUCUUCUUUGACAAACCUCGAAGAGCAUUUGAGAGUGGAAACAGAAAGCAGAGAUCAUUGCCAGAUUACAGUGGCCGAGGGUGGCAUGAGUCGAGAAAACAAGUUAUGGAUGAGUUCAAUGGGCUGAAAAGAUCUUAUUAUAUGGAUCCUCAGCCACUGAAUAACUAUGAAUGGCAUCUGUACGAGUACGAGAUUAAUAAGUGUGAUGUGUGUGCACUGUAUAGAUUGGAACUCAAGCUGGUAGAUCGUAAGAAAACUCCCAGAGGGAAAUCAGGAAAUGAUUCUGUUUCUGAGCUACAGAAGCAGAUGGGUAGACUUACUGCUGAGUUUCCGCUCGAUAACAGACGUCCACUGAAAGGAAGGACUAAGUUCAACAGCAAAGACGGUGUUGGAAAUCUCCAAUCUGAUCCCAAUGAAUUAAUCAAUGGAGAUAAAACAUUUGAUCAUGGGGUUGGUGCACCAUAUGGGUAUCUUGUGGAGAAUAUAGGUGAUUACUACCUCAAGUAGAGAUAUAAUGGUCCAGUUGGCGGAUUUUGUUCAUCUACUGACAGUUCUGUUUUCAGGGUUUGAUCAUCUUCAAUAACAUAGAUAAGACCCUCGUUUGUUUUUAAUCCGAGGAUCUUGUAUAUAGAUUAUCCUGGUUUUUAUCCAAGAUAAUGGCUUUUGUCAUUUCUGGAUUAUAUCUGACAAAUGAAGAGGGGUUAAAAUUGCCAGUAUUUACUUAUAUAGUGAAGGUCAGCAAAUUUGGUAGGGGAUGUACAUUCUAACGCUGGUUUCUACAUGGUUUGGAGACUGCAAAGUGGGAUGCUUUCUUUUUCUUCUGGAAAUGUCAACAAAAAUUUAUGUAACGGCUGCUGUUGCACUUUAGUUUCUGCUACAAGAUGAGAUACAUGUCAACUCUCUCUGUCUCUUGUUGUCAUCUUCUCCCAAAGUUACGUAAACCAAUCUGUAUCAUGUAUGACGAGAAAUCUUUAACAUUGUGCUGUAAUGUUAGAAACUAGAAGAUGCUUAGUAUUACCUCUGAACGUGUUCUUCAUAAUAUAUGUCACAGUGAAUUGAACAUGCACGACCUUUUGUCAUUAUCAGUGACAGGAAAUAAUUAAAUUCUCAUUAUCUGGUUACUUUUUA